AUGCUUCGUCUUGUCGGUUGUCGCCUAGGCGGCCGUGUAAGGCGGCGCUCGAAGAGCGCCAUCAUUGACGCCGCCGUUAACGCCGUCCUGGCGGAGCUGAGGGCCAAGGCAACGAAAGCAAAAAAGUCGAAGCGGGCAGCCACAUCAACGCCUGCAGCUGCGGUGAAGGCGCCUGCGAAGCGCACCGAGCAACUCGAGCCACCACCUGCGGGCGCUCCACCCCCUCCCGCGACCACGGCAGCGCCUGCCAAAGCAAAGACACGAAAUGCCAGCAAGAAUCUCGUUGACACUGUCCUCUCAGGUGUGAACUGCACGCUGCUAAAGCACGUCCUCUCCUCCUCGUCGUCGUCUUCGACGUCGACCGACAUCCCUGACGUGGGACGGGUGUUGCGCCUAGACUACACCACCAUCGCGAGAAAGCACCAACUGGCGCACCUCGCGGACAUCCUGCUGGUCAACCGCAUCCACGCCGCCGUGGUCAACGACACGCAUGAGCGCACAGCUGACGGCGCAAGCGGUGCGGCAGCUGACGCAUCGUCGCCGCUGGUGGUGCUCGUGGAGACAACCCUCCCUCGCGAAGAUGCCGAAGUACAGGAGUUCAUCAUCCGCAAUGCCCUGAGCAUGCACCCGCUCCCGCCGGAGGUGGCAACCGAAGACGGGCAGUCUGUCCACACCCCGCCCUUGACGGUCCUGGUUCUCGGCGACGAGCAGACCAAACGCGUGCGCACACUGGCGGAGCUGCCGCCCGUGCCGCCUCGCGUGCCGGCGGCAGCCCCUCUGGCCACUGCUCCUGCGACCAACUCCCAUGAUAACGCCCAGGCUGCCAGCGCCGCGCCGGCCUCCGAUCGUUCAGCUGCUGCGGAGGCGGCUCCGUCGACAACAUGCGAUAACCCUGCUCGGUGCAGCCUCAGUGGAGCGCCGGCGCAGGGCGCCCCGCAGCGCAAAGAGAACCCCAAAGAGGCGAACAGCUCGACGCCGCCGAAGGCCGACGCGGCCGAAACGGCGACGGCAGCGAAUGCCGUGCUGCCCUCUGCGUCCUCUUCGCCAGUCGCUGCAGCCGCUGCAUCUGCAGAGUCGGUGCCAACGUUAGCAGCCACGGCUGCAGCCGCGAACACCGCACCGCCGGUGAAGACGGCAGCUUCAGAGGUGAGCACUAAGCGGGUGGAGCGAGCGGUGCGGCGGGUGGCACGCGUCUCUCUCAAAGCGCUCGCCGCUCAGAAGAAGCGUAGACCGGCGACGCCGUCUCAGGCGCGCCUGGUCGCUUCGAUCGCGGCCACUGUUUCGGGAAAGCAUGCCGCCGUAGCGCGACCGCCGCGCCUGCUGUCCGUGGACAGCUCGAAGGAAAAGUUGUUGUGGGCAUCUCAGCCUGGCCGACCGCUGCCCAUCCGAAUACUAGAGCCGUUGGUCAGCCCGGCUGUGUACGAGGAGGUGCGCACUGCUGCCGCGGCGGAUGCCUCGGCUUCAUCUGUUGCCUCACCGCUCACAAUGCACAUGGUGGUCUACGGUGUCAGCAAGGAGAGCAGUGCCUCGACGGUGUGGCUUGGUGCCCUGCAAGCCGCUGCUGAACUCACCAGCGCCAUGUCCAGCGGUGCUUCCCAGCUUCCGGCAGAGGUGGCGGAGCUGGCCGGUCUCGAUCCAGCGCGCGUCAGGCGCGUCUCCGAGCGCAAGAGUUCACGAAAACGGUGUAACACGAAGGCAGCGGCGGUCUCCUCGGUUUCCGACGAUGGCACCGCCACCGCGGCAGCGCCGAUGUCACCAAAACCGUAUGUUUACAUACUCAUCCAUACGCGCCUAUCCAGAGAAGACGCCGCUGUCCUACAGCAGGAGCUGCAGUACCAGCUGAUGCAGCUCAAGGCGACACCGGCGGGUGCGGAAGUGGCGGGUAUGUCAGUGCUAACGGCAGAGGACGUGUCCCCGGCGCAUCUGUCCUAUGUGCUGGAGCACUCGAUGGUUGAAGGUGGCGGCGACAGCGUGAAGAUGAGUGCGAUGCGCCGCGGCUGCAAAUCUGGGAUGGUACCAUCCGCGGCCCCGACGCUCUCUGCCGAAGCCGCCGAGGUGAGUAACACCUUUCAAGAGGUGUACCGUCUGCUGUCGGAGCAGCCGUGGCUUCUGAGCUCCCCGCUGCAGCGGGAAACGCCAUCCUCCUCUUCGCCGCGACAGCAGCAUCCGGACACGCUCGUCGCUGACGCGAUCCGUAUCGCAGCCCUCACGCAGGUUUUGGUGCAGCGCAAGGAGGCGCAGCUGCGCGGGCAUUUUGAGGCGGCGCAGCAGUCGAGUGCAAUGAAUGCAGACAGCGAAGCCGUCGCCCGGGCAGCGCAGCGCGUUGAGAUGAAGACAAUGGUGACGGAGGCGGUCGAGGAGGUGUCGGUGCGCCAUGAGCAGGCGACCGCCCACCUCGUCAAGACGCUGUCCAGCAUAGUGGGACAGUGGUCGCUAGAGAAGCUAUCGGAUACGCUGGAGGCGAUCGUGCGAGACGAGGUGAAGCCGAUCAUGGAUGUGCUGGAGGAACGCCUCGCCAGCACGCCAGGGCGCAACGCUGAAGCGGCAGGCGGCGAGGCCGCACCAAUCGCUGCAGCGCCGGCACUGAUGGCGACGCCUGCAUCCACAUCCCCGACCGACAGCGCUGACGCCGCGUCCUCUGUGCUCCUUGAGAGGCAAGACGAGAUAAAGGGCACUAUGUCGCAGGCCUUGGCGCAGCUACGCGAGCUGAGCGAACGCUUGUCAGCACUGGCGGCGGCAACAACGGCCGCGGCCGCGGCGAAGACUGAAGGCUUGGUAGGCUCCGCUGCGGCCCACCCCCCAGAGACCGCAGCCGCUCCACCAAAGAGCGAAGAAGAGCUGCGGCUUCUGAGAAACCUCCAUGAGUUGCAGGAGCAGCAUCACUCGAAGCUCAGCGAUGGGCUAGAGAGCCUGCGGAGCGACCUUCGCUAUUUCGCAAGCCAAGAACGCGCGGCGGCUGAGGCACAAGCAACCGUGCCUGCCGCAGCGUACGCGGCCACCCUCUCGAAAGAGUCGCUGGAUAGGGCCGUCGCCGACACUGUGCACGAGAUCACGCACGCGAUCCGGCGAGACCUUCACGCGAGCGUUGUGGAGCAGCUGGACGCCUACUGCGACGUUCAUCGCAGCACCCAAAACAGCGCACGCGAGGACAGGCGUGAUGAGGAGCCGUCGACGCCGGUGCUGCCCGUUACGUCGUUCGAGUUGGAGGAGAUGCUGACCCGCGUCGUCGAACACACCGUGCGGACGUCGACGGACAAGAUAGAGGACCAUGUGCGGGCAGCCAUAGAAAAAUCUUACCGAAACCAGCAGGCAGCCGAUCCCGCCUCGGUGACUGCAGCUGCGUCCACGACCAGUGCGACAGAGUCGGACGAGGCGUUGAAGGCUGCGCUCGAGCGCCUGUGGGCCCAGGUGCGUGCGGAGGCAGCCGAGGAGGAGGCAGUGAAGGUGUCGCAGCACAAUCGCCAGCUACUGCGCCUCUUGCGUCGCCAGAAGCACCUGCAGCGGUGCUUGCCUGGCUGUCAGGCAACGUCUGCGCCGGCGUCGGCCUCAUCGCCAGCGUCCCCCUUGUCAUAUGUGGCACUUGAGGAGGCCAUGCGCGUGGUCAUGCAUCCGUACAUGGCGCAGAUGCAGGCCACAGUAGCUGCAGCCGCAGCCGGCUCCCCUCGCACCUCUGUGGAGACGUCGUCGUCGACUACAUCGGCUGACGAUGGCGUCGAGCAGGACCAUGCGGCACAUCCCGCAAGCAGGAAGUGA